AAUAAAGACUUAAUAAAAGAAAACUUUGGAUUUGUUUAGAUUGUGCAAUGUUUGUCAGCACACAACCCUGAGCAGAAAAUCAUUCAACUAUUUACCAGUCGACUGACAAUCUUUUCUAGGAGACUACAUGAAUGAAUUCCUUUAAAACAGCUAAACAUGAAAUCCUGCGAGAUAUUUCUCUUUAUUCUUCUUUUGAAAUGUAAGGACAUUACAACUAAUGCUGAAGAAGUCACCUGUCAUGAGCAAGAUCUCAAUAAUGUUCACAUUUUAAUGGGACAUCCAGGAAUCAAUCCACCUUACACAUCUGGACAUGUCUUAGUUUUCAAAUGCAUUGAUGUCAACAUGAUGAUGUACGGCCAGCGAGCAAUCGAAUGCAGGUCAGAUGGUAACUGGGAUAAUCCAUUUCCACAAUGUGGAGUUAAAGCUUUUUGUACAAAGCCUCUUCUGACAUUAACCAAUUCAAGACUUAUUGAUGAGAGGACAUAUUCUCACAGAGACACAGUACGCUAUGAGUGUGAUGAUGGCUAUGAAUCUAUAGGAGAGACCAUCGCUAAGUGUGAUGGACAAACUUGGAUUUACCCAGAAUGCAUUCGAAAAGCUCAGUGUACCAAACCAACAAAGAACUUGCAGUAUGUGACCCUGUCAGAUGAGAAAAAUCUAUUCAACAACUUUGAAACUUUGAGAUACAAGUGCAAUAAACCAUAUGACAAAAUUCCAGGAGGAUCUUUGACUUGUAGAGAUGAAAAAUGGAUUGGAACGAUUGGCUGCACAAGCAGCAUUUGUCCUCCACCACCUGAAAUUGAAAAUGGAGAUUUUAUCACUAAGGAUAUGACCAGUGAGGUCAUCAUGGAGGUAACAUACUCUUGCCAAUCUUACUAUGUGCUGAAUGAACAGAGAAAACAUUACAGGUGUAGAGAUGGGAGAUGGGAAACACCUCCAAAAUGUCUGAAGCCAUGCAAACUAACACCUGAGAUUUAUACUGAUUCCAAUAUACAACCCAUCAGAGAUAACUACGUGAAGCACAGUGAUGGAGAGAUUUCAUUUAAAUGUAAUGAGGGAUGGAAUUCUGGAGGUGUCAGAAAAUCAGAUUAUGCAAAGGGGACAUGCUCUGAAGGGAACAUAAAUAUACAUAAGAAAUGUCAUACAGAAAAUAUAUUUGGAUAGACUAAGUGGAACACUGAGACCUGAAGAUUUCUGAUCUAACCAAAGCAUGAAGAUGGACAGACACACAGAGACGAGAACACAUAAAUGCAUCUAUGUUGCUGCAAUCAUGGAGGCUAUGUCUGUCCCAGAGUCCUCUCUCACAGCGCUACUUUUCACAGAGUGUAAACCAAUCAGUAAAUUAGGUCAAAUGUGUUGAGAAACUCUUUGAGAAUUUUUAAUCAGAUUAAUUAAUUCUAUAACCGGCCAAAUGUUUCAGUAUAUACACCAAUAUCAUGCAAUCCUUCAUUUGAACAUUAUCAGAUUGAUGGAAAAAGGUUUAGGCAACAAGAGCUAUAGAACAAUAGCUCUUAAACUUUUCAGAUCAAGUACCACCUUUAGUAAAAUAGUUGUUCCAAGUACCACCUAAUGACUGCCAAAGAAUCACAUGAAUAAACAUUCAAAUGAAUCGUA